AUGCCCCCUCCCAUUCCAGUCCUUCUACUCUUGCUUUGCCACGCUUCCAGUCCUCCUACUCUUGCUUUGCCCCCUCCCCUUCCAGUCCUUCUACCCUUGAUUUGCCCACCUCCCCUUCCAGUCCUUCUACUCUUGCUUUGCCCUCCACCCCUUUCAGUCGUUCUACUCUUGCUUUGUCCCCCUUCCAAUCCUUCUACUCUUGUUUUUCCCGCCUCCCCUUCCAGUCUUUCUACUCUUGCUUUGCCCCCACCGCUUCCAGUCCUUCUACUCUUGAUUUGUCCCCCUUCCAGUCCUUCUACUCUUGCUUUUCCCCCCUCCUCUUUCAGUCUUUCUAUUUUUCUUGCCCCCCCCCCUUCCAGUCCUUCUACUCUUGCUUUGCCUUCCACCCUUUCAGUACUUCUGCUUUUGCUUUGUCUUCCCCCUUUCCAGUCCUUCUACUCUUCCUUUGUCCCCCACCUCUUCCAGUCCUUCUACUCUUGCUUUGUCCCCUUCCAAUCCUUCUACUCUUGCUUUCCCCCUCCCUUCCAGUCUUUUACUCUUGCUUUGCCCCCCCACCGCUUCCAGUCCCUCUACUCUUGCUUUGCCCCAUUUCCAGUCAUUCUACUCUCGCUUUGCCCUCUACGCUUACAGGCCUUCUACACCUGCUUUGCCCCCUCCCCAUCAAGUCCUUCUACUCUUUCUUUGCUCACCUCCCCUUCAAGUCCUUCUACACUUGCUUUGCUCUCCUCCCCUUCCAGUCUUUCUACUCUUGCUAUGCCCCCCUUCCAGUCUUUCUACUCUUUAUUUGCCCCCCCUUCAGUCGUUCUACACUUGCUUACCCCCUCCCCUUUCAGUCCGUCUACUCUUGCUACGCUUUGCUUCUCCCCUUCCAGUCCUUCUGCUUUUGCUUUGUCCCCUCUCCUUCCAGGCCUUCUACUCUUGCUUUGCUCUCCCCCUUCCACUCCUUCUACUCUUGCUUUGCCCCCCUUCCAGUUCUUCUAUUCUUGCUUUGCACCUACCCAUCCUGUCCUUCUACUCUUCCUUUGCCCCCCUUCCAUCGCAAAUCCCGUUGAGAAUGUAUAA